AUGACCAAAGCCGCUAUAACAAGUAGAUCCAAAAACACAGAAGCACCUUUUACUGAAACACAAUUGCUUGAAAUUGUCAAUGAAAAAUCCAAAUUAGCGCCACAAGAGCUCGUUUCUGAAUUAGCUAACAAACUUACAACCAUAUCGUCAAAACAUAAAUUCAUUAUCCAGCAUACAACGAUAGCAACAAAUGAUGACACAUCAUUUAAUUUAAACAUUUGUACAGAUUUUGUGGCUAGCUGGGAGCCUUCCAAAGACGGUUGUAUCACUGUUCAACUUGAUUUAGAGAAGGGAGUUGACGAAGAUCUAAAACCAAGCUACAAGGAAACCAAAAAGAAAGACGAGAGCGGUUCAAUAAAUGACUAUGCUGCUGCAGAUAAACCAGAAGGCACCAGUGAGGAAGUGGCAGUUGAGGGUGACAAGGAGGACAUGGAUACAACAAGGGCUAUUACUCGCGAAGAAUUAAGCACGAAACAAAGUCAAAUCAAUUCGUUACUCAUAACUAUCUAUUGGAUUAGUAUAUAA